AUCUGGGUCGGUCGGACGACGCUAAACAGAGCAAAAAAGGGGAUGGCCUGAGGACGGAAAAAACUUUCGGCGAUCGUGAAACAGAAGAAUUCGGAGGCUGUUCGCAGGCUAUUGAAACAAGGCACUGCACGAAGGCUAGGUAUAAUGUAAUAGAAGAGACGUGAAGUACUUCAAAGAUCUUCAAAAUAUUUCGCAAGAUCUAGGCUUGCUGCACGUGAUGAAAAUAUUAAGAAGUUACUCGACGUUCCCUGGGUUACAGUCGUGUACAUGCAAUAGAGAAAUUUAGAAAACCACAAAGGCAACGUCGCUAAACAAAAGGUAGUGCAUGCACUUGCGUUAUAAUUCUUGGUACAUUUUGUUACCGUCCUCUGCAAAACAACAACGUGAAAUGAUCAAAUUCUACGUUGUCUGGAGAACGUGAGCCUGGACAGAUUUCGAAUUUUACGCUGUGUUCCAUAUUCAGUUUCGAGAUUGACAAAGAGAAACAAACUAAAUGAUCGCGAGAUUCGUAGGUAAAAUAUUUAAAUCAUUUUUUAAUCGACGUCGUCCUUGGCGUUUCCUCGUAGUUACUUAAACUCCUUAAUUAACAUUUUCAUUGGGAAAAAUUCAAGGCCGCAGUAAUACUCUCAUCAGAGUCGGUGGGGCAAGACAAUAAAGGCAAGAGAAGCUAGAGAUGCGUGGAAAUGCCAUUUUCAACCUUCUUCAUGCAGAGAUAUUCCCUUAAGUAAAUAAAUUAUGUUUAGGAACAAAAUCAUUAAAUGGCACGUUGUUAUUGCUUGCAACAUUAUCUAUGUAUACUUUUCACUGAGCCGUGUGAAAAUUGAAGGUGAUUCCGUUUUUCGUUAUCUUCCUGCACGCUCCCCUCCCCUUUCGUGUCACGAAUGAAGCUAAUUGCUUCAAAGCUAGCCACUCUUGGUCUUUCUAAACGUAAAUAGGACAAUGUCUGAGCCCUGUUUACGAAAUCAUUGCGCCUGAAGAGCUUCUGGUUGUUGCUUCAGUUACAUGACAAAAAAAAUUACAACCAUAAGAGAAUCAGGUUUCUUUACAGCGUUUAAAUUUCUGCUGACACUCACAAUUCACUAGCGCGAGCAAGUUGUCUUCAUAUAUCAAUAGAAACCGUUUACCACAAUACUCCCACCUUCAAAAUUUCGUGGUCUAAUGACAAAUGUUUCGUGGGGAAUAUUUUACCCUAAAAGUACGUUCUGUUAUUUCAUUCUAAGAAAAAAGCGUCGUCAAAAAGCCUUUAGAACUAAGAACCUCAGCUCAAACUCUAUUCUCAGUCAAGCAAUGUGACAUCUGUUACAAGGGGAAAUAAUGAAUGUGUUAACUGAAUUAACACAACUAAUGCAAUGUUGUUUGCACUAUACAAGAGAAACGGGACAGCCAAAGAAAAGUAAAACACUUCCAUUGAGUUGAAGUACGUCCCACUAAUUACAAGGCUAAUGUGUAGCACAUAAUAAAUGACCACAUUCACAAUAUUCCUUGAAAAGUGAUAGGUUUUUAAUCAACUUUUGGCACUAAAUUAUUCACAAAUAUAUUCUUUGCACGUACCCCAUGAAAAACAUUUCCUUUUAAUUAUUUUUAUUCAAGUACAAGCUGUCUUUCUAUGCUGACAAUUCUAAAUAUACAUAAAUUCAAUAAAUUGUCACUCAGUUGGGGAGCCAAUUUUGCUUGAAUUUCCGGUCGAACUGUUUUUCUUUUUCUCCUUUUUCAGAAAACACUGAAAUUUGAUAUCAAACGAUAUCAAAUUUCUGAAACCUUUUUACAACAGCUGCUACGACUUGCGAGGGUUUAUGUCUGAAAUAAAUUGCUAUAAUUCCCAAACUUGUGAAAAAAAAAAACAACAACAACAACAACAAAAAUCGAAGCCAACGACAUUAACAGGAAACUGUUGAGACUGUCAAGGAUAAAAAAUUCAUUUAUAGACAUUUCAUAACAUAACCAUAUGGCUAUUUUUCUAUAAAAUAUGAUUCGUCAUUUGGAAUGAGUAGAAGAAAUUGUUUAUUUUCUGAUAAGCUAGCCCUCUCUUUAUCGGUGACAUGACGUCAAGGGAAAAUGGGUUUUUGAAUCCUUUUUUCCGCUUUUAAGUUCUAAAGACACACGCGCGUGUAUUCAGUGUGAGCCAAGUCAAUUUGCGACACCAACGUCAAUCGCUAAAAUUUCUCAUUAGCUAUCGGCAAGGAUGAAGCGAAUUUAAUACAGUUGGCAGAAUAUCCUCGAAAUACAAGUGGAUUUUAAAGCGAUGAUACAAGGAAAUGAAUCAAACAGGCUACAGCUCAGGCAGAACGCCUCUUCCAAUACAAGUCUUGAGCUGUGCGGUCUGCCUCCUACCUCCAAGCACCUUGCUCUUUCUGUCACUCUUAUCGUCAUAUGUAUCGUAACAUUCUGCGGCAACUUGGCGGUGUGCGCCACCGUGUACUUCCACCGUGCUUUACGCACCACAACAAAUUAUCUCAUUGCGUCGCUGGCCUUCGCUGAUUUAUUGGUGUCCCUGUUUUCCAUGCCGUUCAGGAUUCACCGCACUCUUCACAACGGCCACUGGUGCCUUGACUUGAAAGCUUGCGCGCUGUGGGUCUGGAUAGACUUGGUGGCUUGUAGCGCAUCCGUCGGUAGCUUAGCAGCUGUGUCGAUCGAGAGAUUUGUUGCCGUGAAAUACCCUCUGCGCUACCCAGUGCUCAUGACGCGAAGCACCGGCUUGAAGAUGAUAGGUUUCGUCUGGUUGUACUCGACGAUCUGCGCUUCCCUCGGCAACUACAACUGGACCUUUAACAGAGCCGAGACGUUCGCAGGUUGCGCAAAGAACGAUCCAUUAUUUUAUACGGUUGUGGCGAGUUUGGUGUUUUUCUUGCCGGUGGGAAUUGUCAUGACAGCGUAUACUUACCUCACCAAGAUUGCUUUUCUACAGCGCAGGCGGACUUUAAAAACCAACAGUGUUCGGCCAACAACAAACCCGGAUCACAACCGCAAGUCGCUCCGUCGAUCUCGCGUCCUGCACGAGCUGAAGGCAGCGAAGAUGAUGGCUUGUGUUGUUGGAAUAUUCUGCAUCAGCUGGGUUCCUUUCUUUAUCCUAGUGCUUUUAAGUUUUUGGCAUGACCUUCAGAACAUGCCUCGCGGCGUUCGCGACAUCUUUGUAGAUAUUCUACCCAAUCUAAACAGCGCAGUGAACCCUUUUCUGUACAUAGCGUUUACACGCGAACUAAGAGAGCAAGUCGGCAAGAUGGUUAAAAAAUUGUUUUUCAAACCGUGCUGUAAGAACUCCAGAGUAGCCGGUGAAACAUCGUGGCAAACUCGGUCGAUGACCGUCGGGGAAACUGACUUAAGGCAAAGUAUUAGAAACCACGAACUCCACAAUUAAAGCAGUGAAAAAUAACAUUUCAAACUGCCGGCAGUCUUAAGGAGACACUGAAAGGUGAUAAAAAACUCGGUAAAUAAAAAAUACAACUGAAUAUCCACUUUCACGGUCUGUGUGUUGUUGAACCAAUUUAGAAACUACUGUACGUAUUUGUAUUAUAUGAAACAUCGUGGCAGACUCGGUCGAUUACCCUCGGGGAAACCGAUAUACUCUAAAGAAUCAAAAACCAGCAAGACCAUCACAAUUAAGUAACAAUGAAAGAAAACGACUCAAAAUGCCGCCGAGCAGUCUUAAAGAGACCAUAAAAGGUGAUGAAAAGCUCGAUAAACUAAAAAAUACAACUGAAUAUCAUGUACACUUCCGUAGUUUGCUGUGUUGUUGAAUCAAUGUACAGACUAUACCCGUAAAAUAUGUACAGCUGUAAAAGCAAACUGAUCCGAGCUUGUGACUUUGAAUAAAGAUCAUUUACAUUUCUUUAAAUGCUAGUUUUUGAGAACUUGGUGAUACGACAAGACCUGAAUCGUCUUCUUUAUGUUCCUUAGCUAGCUGUCGGAGAAAAAUAAAUUCUAACCGUCUACGAAGAUUCACACUGAGUUAGAAUCUUCCACAAGUAUUAUGCAAACGCCAGAUGUUUUUAAAAGGUGAAUUUUGUAUAUUAAAAAAAAAGAAAAAAAAGUUUGCCACAACAUGGGUUAAUUUGCCUCCACUAUCAAAAUAUCUUUGAAAAAUCUUUUUCCCACAGCGAAAGACACUAUGUUCUAGUUGUCGGUCAUUUUAUUCUAAGCAAUCAUCACCUUUUCGAAGUAAAAAAAAUAUACUUUUGGUACAACUAUAAAAUUUGACAAUGUUCGCAGUGAGUUUUAACUCGACAAAAUUUUGAAGAUUAACUUAAUUGGCAGUGCCUCUUUCAUUAGCUUAUUUCGCUUUAAGUAAAGUGAACUUACACCCCCGCAAAGUCAUCAUUUUUAUUUUUAUUAUCUUUUUGGUAAUUAUAAGAGGAAGAGCUGGCACGGAGACUGAUUUUAAAUUGCAUAUCUAUUCAGAAAAGUCCACAAUUUAUUUAAGUUGCUUUUUAAUCACUCGAAAAGUUUUAAAACCGUCAGCUGGUUCAACAAUGAAAACAAAUUACACACAAAAAGAAUCCUUGUAUCUUUUUGUGAUUGUUUUCAUUUCUCCAUAUGAUAUGUCACUCAAAUAGAAGUUCACUCUUGCAAGCUACAAAAUACGGAAUUUUCCAAAAUUCAAAAUCGAAUAGAUCUCAAUACAGUGAGGUGAAAUAAAGCUCGUACGGAAAUAAUAAGCUACAAAAAAAUUACAAAUGAAAGACACUCA